CAUAGGCAGCGCGUACGGACAGGAGUGCACCAGCCUAUUAAAAACAAGUAUAUUGUUUUUAUUUACAGUUUAUUUUUCAUUCCGCAGCGUAUUUACACUAAUCAUGUCAAAGCCUCCUCCUAAGCCAGCCAAACCAGGUCAGGUGAAGGUGUUCCGGGCGUUAUUCACCUUUGACCCACGGACGCCAGAUGAGUUGUACUUUGAAGAGGGUGAUAUUCUGUACAUCUCUGACACAAGUGACAGUAACUGGUGGAAGGGGACCUGCAGGGGAAGGACUGGUCUCAUUCCCAGUAACUAUGUGGCUGAGCAGGCAGAGUCCAUAGACAACCCUAUGCAUGAGGCAGCCAAGCGAGGUAACCUGAGCUGGCUGAGAGAAUGCCUGGACAACAAGGUGGGAAUUAACGGGCUGGAUAAGGCGGGAAACACAGCUCUGUACUGGGCGUGUCACGGAGGACACAAAGAUGUGGUGGAGCUGCUCUUGGCCCAGCCGAACUGUGAGCUCAACCAGCAGAAUAAACUGGGAGACACAGCCCUGCAUGCAGCCGCCUGGAAAGGAUACGCUGACAUCGUGGAGUUACUGCUCAACAGGAAUGCCAGGACAGACAUUGUGAAUAAUGAGAAGAAACUGGCCCUGGAAAUGGCCACCAAUGCACAGUGUGCUUCACUGCUGAAGAGGAAACAGGGCAGCGUCAUCUCACGCACACUCAGCAACGCUGAGGAGUAUCUGGACGAGGAAGACUCUGACUGAAGGGGGAGGAAGAAUGUGUCUGUGCCCAUGUGUGUUCAUUCAAGCAUUUUCCAUGUGCCUGUGUCUGGUAACGUCCAGCACAUAGCAUGUCUGUCUGUGUGUGUGUGUGUGUGUCUGUGUUCAGCUCAAAGAGAACAUUAUUAACGGUGAUGGGACGUGUGUGUGUGUCUGUGCUUCCAUCAGUAAAGGCUUUUGUUUCGGCAUUCCUGACCCUGUAAAACUGCACAGUCUUUGUGUUCGUGCGUUCACGGCGAACUCUGUUUGGACCGUAAUGCGUGUGGUCUACGCCUGUGGCAUGGUCUCUAUUUAUUCUCCACAAAAGCUGCUCCUCUGAUUCUGAGUUUUUGUUUUAACCUAAAAGUGCCUUUAAAAAUUAAGAUCUUAUCAGAGCACUUUUGCUAGGAAGAGAGAGAGAGAGUGUGUGUGUGUGUGUGUGUGCGUGCACAUUGCUGCGCGCCUGGUGUGUGUGUGCGCGUGUGUGUGUGUCGGUCGGUUCAUGCUUUUGGAUUUUCCUGGCCUGUAUGUUUGCCAUAUUAAAAUCUAUGCAAUAAACAGUUACAUGUCUACUUUGA